AUGAGUCUUCUCAAAGAGCGCAAACCAAAAAAACCUCAUUAUAUCCCCAGACCUCCAGGAAAACCAUUUAAAUUCAAGUGCUUUCAGUGCCCCUUUACCUGCAAUGAAAAAUCACAUCUUUUUAACCAUAUGAAGUAUGGGCUUUGCAAAAACUCCAUUACGCUGGUGACAGAACAAGAUCGUGUUGUCAAAUGUUCAAAGUCAAAUUCUUUGGAGACUAAGCAAAUCACUCAGGUAGACACUGCAGCCAAACCAACUUCUUCCAAGGUCCUCUCAAAUUUUGAUUCUAAACCUCAAUAUGCAUUUGUCAAAGAUGACUCCAAGGAAAAUAUGGAAAUUCAAAAUCAAGUGACAAAUAUAUCAGUGCAUGGACCAAAACCACCCACUGAAAAGGAACUAACUCUUCUUUGUAAUGAGGAAGAAAGUACAAUCAAUGUGCAGUCUGCUCUUGAAGGCAUCGUAAGGCCUUCUGCAUUUGUUCCAGUGGGAGAGCAUCGGCACAAUAAAGACAAUAAUGAUAUGUCUCAAUUAAGUUCUCUUUCCGAUUCAAAUAAAGGCUCACCCUUUCCAACAAAGUCAGCCUUUCAUGCUCCAAACAAUCUAUGGAAAACAGAUGGUACAAUUAUUAGUCCAGAGUUUACUCAUAAAAUUACACCUGCAAAAGGUUUCGCUUCCAUUCCAUCUUAUGUACAACCCAUGAUUCCAGAAUAUUCACCUUCACUUUAUGAACAUGGAUUAGCUAUCUAUGCACCUUAUUUCCUCUCAGGAAACUCUCAUGAGUGUGAAAGUUCAGUGUUGUCUGUCUACAGCUCUCAAGAUCAAAGACAUUUUCUUCCUCAUCCAGGACCACUUCCUAAACCAAUCAAUCCAGCAACAUACGAGCACUACCGCUUAUUCCAGCCAUAUCGUCCAAAUCUUUCAGUGCCAUAUGGAUUUUGUAGACCAACAGAAUCAGCAUUUUAUAGGCUGCCACACAUUGCAGAUAUUAACAGAGACACAAAUUCUCAUUUGAUGGAGGAAACAACCUUGCUAUAUCCGCAUUCUUCAAGUCCAGCCAGGUUAUUAUCACAAAAUUCUCAUAAAAAAACAGAUGACUAUGAAAAGGAAACCCCUAUGCUGCAUAACAAGGGUCAUUCUAAAGAAGAUCAAAAUGAAAGAGAAAAUGCCAAAAUGAGCCCUCGUGCUGGAAGUGCAGCAACUGGAUCCCCAGGAAGACCCAGCCCAACAAACUUCACUCAAACUAGCCAUGGUUGUGAAGGCCUAUUUGAUCUUUCUAAUAAGUCAUCUUCAGUUAUUAACAAAUGUGAUCAACAUGAAGAAAGUUUUACAGCAUUCAGACCCGUGAGGAAAAGUACAGAUCAAUCUCCCCCGCCUGUAUCAAAGGAAGACAAAGGAAAUUCUCCUAAAAGUAGUGACAUCGCUAAUGAAAAGGAAAAUGUACAGCAUGGAAAUGAUAGUAAUGAGGAUCCUUUGUCCAGUUCCGAAGAUGAUUCAGAUGAUUCACCGCUUAAUCUUUCCAAGAAGCCAGAUGCAAACUUAGUCGAUGCACAUACGUAUACAAGCACUUUCCCAACAGAAAACCAGACCUGCAUGGAACUGCAGGAAAUGCCUUUGAACCUUUCAGUGAAGGACAACUAUCAUAUAAAUGUAUGUUUUCAGAACUCAUUAUAUGAAACUAAAGAUUAUAAUCUUCAAAAAGCUGAAAAUAAAGAUUUGGGGACAGAAAUAUGUAACCCAAAGAAUCAAACAGAUAAAGGUUCCUUCAGUAAGCCUCUUACUGUGAUGCCUAUAAAAGAAGUGGAGGAACCAAGGACAAUUGAGAGUUGUGAUGAGCAGAAACAAACUGCAGCUGUUGCCCUGUGUCAAUUAGCUUCCUACAGUCCAAAUACAGUCCAAAAAGAGAGCGCAGAGAAAAAAAAGCAAGAGAUCAAUUCUCAAUAUGCCGAGUCCAUCGCUGAACCAUCCGAAACCCAGAACGAUCAUUGUAAGAAAGCAAAAGGACAAAAAAGGACCAAUCACAGAGAAGCAACAAAAGUACAACAAGGAACCAAAAAAGUAAGAAUAAAUGAAUGCAGUCGAGUGUUCACUUUGAGAAAGAGAACAAGGAUAGCAUAA